UUCACAAAAUGUCCGUUUUCUCUGUUUUUUGAUUGUUAUACUACCAAAAUAACUUGCUUUAAAAUGGGGUUGUCAGAAGAGGGAGAGGAAAAUGUGUUGCAGAGGUUCGAUGAAGUUUGUUUGGAUCUUAAUAUGGACACCUCUACAAAGGAAGAAGCUUGGCAGAAUUAUCAGAAGAUUUUAACGAACUACAGCCUCGAGGUUUGCACCGCUGUCUUUUUUGUUAUUGUCAGUCAUAUUUUCAGUGUAUCAGGUCUUCAGCUCAUGCGACUAUGCCUUAUUCUCAACUGAGUAGGACCUAAGAUCUAUGCUAUUAGUAGUACUGUGGCACUGUAGCAGCAGUAUAAUAGAAUAGGAUCCACUGUAGGCAUUGCCUAAUUAUAUUAAACUGAAACAACUAGACUAAAAAGUUAAAUAAUUAAAUUUGAAAGAAAUGUUUAAAUUAAAAGUUAAAAAAAGUUAAAGUAUAUAAAAUAUACUGGCAGGCCUAAUUAUAAUUUAUUCCCCAUAGUUUCUAAUUCUUUAAUUUUUUAAACAGCCCCACUAGACUGAAAUAUGAAAUAUUUUUAAAAGAAUGUAAAUGUAAUUUAAUGUGCAGAAAAUCAAAAUCAUAAUCUAUUAUUAAGUCUAUAAUUUUUAGAAUAUAAGUUAUUAAGUUAUGAUACUUUAUCUUUAUACUUUAUUAACUUUUGUGGUGAGAUAGAUUUGGGAUAUUCAUUACUAUAACUAUAGUAUAGUACUAUAGGCCUAUAGAUAGUAUAGUAGCUACCAGUCCUCCUUGAAGUCCUUGCAUUACACUUGAAGACUGGUCGCGGAAACGGUUUCAAAUAUUAUCUUUUGACUUCAUGGGUAAAGUAUAGUUAGCAAAAAUCAUUUUGCCAAGAGUUUCUCUUACUCUAAGCCCAGUUGCGUCACUUAGACUUAGGGGAAUCCCAACACUGGACUUAAGGUGCCUAGACCAAAUAGCUGAAAAUGAACGAAGUGAAUGAUAACUUUACUUCUCUUCAUUGAGAAUUAUUGUUAUCAUAAGCUUAAUAUAAAAAUCGAUACAGUUAAUAUGAAAUAUAUUACAAUGAAAAUUUCCAUUUGUUUUUAUUAAAAUUAAGCUUACUAGGUUCAAAAGAAAUUAAUAAAAAGAAACUCGUCCUUGCUGAUAUCCCAAGAUGAACACCAGAAAAAAAUGUGCAUUGUUAAAAGUGCUGUCUUUUGAUUGGUUGCUGGUUGGAUAAAGAAGUACCCAUAUGCUAUUUAUUUCUAUCAUGUUGCCAUUUUACUGGACAUUUCAACAUAAUUUUCUGGGAGGGGAGACUUUUUAAGGUUAAACUAUGGAAAUAUGGCCCAGGGAACCUCCAUUAGCUAUAUGCCAUGAAAGAUAUCACUGGCGCUGCCACUAACAGCAUUUUAACCACUUCAUGCACCAAACUUGUUUAGGCUUUGACUGUAGGCGAGUCCUAUGUAAUUAAAAUGCUGCAUAUGCCCAACAGAUGGAGCCCGUUGCCCAAAGUGAUAGUCUGAACUAUAAAGCGUGAUAGCUCAUGCCCCUCUUAGAAUAUGGAUGCUAAACAACAGUAGGGCCUAGAAGUAGGCCUAUACUGCCUAUGGCAUCUCCCAAUGUUCCAACCAUUCGCAGCCGGUUCAGGAAGUCCCCUAAACGCCUAAACACUCUAAACUUGUGCACAUUGGUAGGCUUAAGGGGCUCCACCACAGAAAUGGAGUCUAUAAAUGUGCUUUGCAAUUCACAAAGGUUGGGAAACACAGAAAUAGAUAAAAAUUUGUCUCACCAAUAAAACCCAGUAGGCCUAAAUUUUUUUAAUUCUUUGAUUUUGAUAUAAAGCAAAAUUGGUAUCAAUAGAAAUCUAAUGAGUUCACUUGAGAUUUACUGCAAGUAAAAGUUUAAUUGAUAUAAUUAUGUUACAACUUAAAAUGUGCAUAAAUAGGCUAUGUUUAAGAUGGAUUACUUCAGAUUACCCUUUUUGUUAUAGAUUAAUUAUAUUUUUCUUUUCAGUAGGCUUAAUUACCACUUAUAACUAAAUGUGUAGGUUCAUCUGCCAAUAAAACAAAGCUUCUUUGCCCCAUGACUAGAUUUUGUUUUUGAUCUAUAAUAAUCAUUAAAAAUUAAAAGAUUGCAUGCCACAUGGUGGCAACCCUAAAACUCAAAUAUAGAGGCCAACACCCUGAAUUAAAAAUCCAGCACGGAACAUUAUUUAAACAAAAUUUUAAAACUUUGUACAAAUGCCAAAAUAUCAUAAAAUAGACCUGUUUACUCUUACGAUUUUGGCGUACAAUGUACGAUUUGUAGAUGUCUUUUACUAUUGCAUGCCGAGACCCGCCAAGACUAAGAUUUUCAGAGACCCAGUAAAAAAAUAUUCAGGUAAAUUUUUCAGAUAUAAGGAUCUGGCAGUGACUGGACCGAGAAAAAUGAUUGAUUGUAAUUUUUUUUAAAGUUGGGACCAUUAUGCAUUUUGUUUUGCACGCACUGAUCGGGGAGGUGGGGGUUGUUGAGAUUUAUGUCGUAUUAGACACAUGGGUAGGGGGAUUGGUAAGAGUGUCAAAGGCUAUAAAAAUAUCACUGCAAUGAAUCGUAUUGAUUGUGAUGAUUGUCAUAUUAUUGCUCUGUGUGUCACAGUGAACUAACUAUCUGUGUCAACAGUAAUAUUUAGACAAGUCACCCUACCCAAAGGUUCCCUCACCAUCCCCUUGACUGCUACCAAGUGUGUGGCGUAGUUUUGUUACAUAAUUAUUUUGUUCGUCUGAACCGCGGCGAUUGUGAAAAUGGAGCAAACUAUAGAUGGUUUUUUAAAAAAAAGAAUGCGUUAUCCAACUGUUCUGCACUGGAAUGGUGGAUUUGGACAUAUUUUAUAAGAUCUAGUCAGCGGCAUUUAAAAAAAAAAAAAUUUUAGAACUCGCAAAGCAGCUCUAUCCCCUCAACGAUUUUAAUACAACUGUUUGGUAUCACUACCCGGUACUCUUAAUUUACACCCCCCCCCCCCCUUUUUUUAAAAAAAAAAAACAGCUUGCGGUAGUUAUUAGACUAAAAUAUGUCAACUGGAAAAAUAAUCUGACGCCUAUUGAAUAGGUGAUGGUACAUUUUUUCCCAUUAAUGAGGGUGGGGGGAGGUUGGUUCUGUCGAGCGAAAUAAUUACGUCACCAGCACGUAAAGACGUAUUAGCGGACUAAAGUGUGUUUUCACUAUGUAAAGUUAAAUAUUACUACUAAACAAAUUAUCUGAUAAAUAAUUCAGUUACCAGAAUAACUAUAAGUUGCUGGUAGGGGUCAUAAAAUAAAACAAUGAGUAAGUAUUAAAUUUUUGGAACUGAUAUUGGUUAGCCAUAAAAAUGAUAUAGGCAUCUCUAAUGUAUGUAUGUUAAAAUAUUGCUUUAAAAAUAUUGUUCAAAUAUGAUAAUUUUAUAUAUUAAACUUGUUUUCAUUUAUCAUUUUCUAAAGGGAGAUCAGAUGCACUGGUUAGCUUGUGCUCUAUAUGAGGCAUGCAGACGCUCUUCCGUACCCACUGUGGGCAAAGGAACAAUGGAAGGCAACUGUGUAUCCCUCACAAGACUACUUAGAUCAUCAAAAUUCAGGUAAUAAUAUGAUUUUAUGUACAAAUUUAUGCACACAACUUGACACAACUGACUGCUAAGACUUGUGUAGCAGGGUAGGUAGUAUGAUAUGUGAACAAUAAUAUACAAAUUUUAAAAAAAAAAUCCAUUCCAUGUACAAUUUUCAUAUAAAUAAAUGCAGCCUCAGCACACAAACAGUUAAUACUCCACACUUUCAAGACUGAAUAUGGUGAGAUAAUUUAUUUUAAAAUAAUACUAAUUCUCACUUCAUAAAUGAUCUAUGAAUAACUAUCGUAUAAACUUGUUCAUAAGCUGACCCCUAAGUUUUGACAUGGAAAAGCUUACAUAGUGUGUCAUAAGUUGACCCCAUAAAAUAAUAUACACGGUGACCAUUCUGAACAUUUCCUAAAAUAGAUGCCUGCGGCUUGGAAAGAAAUGUGUUAUCAAUGUCGCCUUGUCAUGCACAGAUGUAUAUUCUGCUUUAAAUAUAAACUUAACAAGUUUCCGUAAAUGUAGAUUUCAUAAUACUGGUAUUAAAAUAUAGGUCAGAAUUUGUUACCAAACCAUGACCCUAAAGAUAUUUUUCAACUGCUACUACCAUCUUUUAAAAUAUGGCAAUCUGGCCUUGUGUGGAGCGGUAGGGAAUGCAUCGUAAGAAUGAGAUAUGAAGGCCAUCUAGAAUUUUGUACACUGCCAACUUUGCACUUGGCUUUAUGUUGACUUCCGUUUAUUACUAUUUUCUUCUAUAAUAGAAUCAAUGUACCUGGAGACAAUUAUGAAAAUCUCCCAUGACUCGCUCAUAAGCCGACCAUUCCACUUAUUCCUCUGAAAUAUCUCCAAAAAAGUCAGCUUAUGAACUAGUAUAUACAUAAUUCUCACCUCAUCUGAGGCACCCUUUUUAUCAUUACUGAUCUAUUUAUUCAUCAUUUUUGUUUACUUAAAAAAAGUCUCUCAACUCUGUAACCAGUCACCAUAUUCACCUACCAUUGACAUGUGACAUUAUUGUUGACCUAUCGUCCUGAAACAUAGAUGUAUUCACAGCCUCAUCCAGUUCUUCAACAAAAUGAGGAAAUGGUCAGACAUGGCCAGCCUGCCCAAGAUUUUUCGAGAUAAAAUUGACAAGCUGGAGCGUAACUUUGCAGUGUCAACUGUGAUAUUUAAAAAGUUUGAACCUAUUUUCCUGGAUAUCUUUAUCAACCCGUCACAUGAGCUGCCCCGCCAACAGAGAGGAAGAAAACAGAGGUAGAAAGGAGCCUUGGUUUAAGAGUUUGAGAAAAAAUGUGAAGGAGUUUUUUGUUGCUUGUGUUUCAUGUCUUUCUCUAUAGUAUUAGAGUCUGAUCUGAUCACAAAGAUUAAGUUAAAUCUCAGUGCUUUUGAGUCCGUUUGGUCAAAUUUAAAUGAGAAUUUUAGAAUGUCAUGGAAAGAUUUUUUAAAGAAGUUUUAUUAGUUGGAAUUGUCUAAAUAAUCACAAUUGCGAACUUCCAUAGCAAAUUGCAUCUUAACCAAGAAAACUACUCACUUCGUUAUACUUGAAGAUAAUUAAUCCUUGUACUUAUAUUAUUAAAAUUUUAUUGUGGUCAUUAUGAAUAAAUUAUAAGACUUCAUUUAAUUUACAAUUUAAGCAUGUGUGAAUAAUUCAUGCUUUGCAUGAUUUAGUAUAAUCAUCUGCAGAAUUAAUGAAUAGUGGCUGAAUUAUAUAUUUAAGAAACAACACAUAUAAUCAAAUACAUUGAUCUUCUUUUUAGGUAAUUGGCUGCUUUUGGUUUUGAAAGUUUAUUGUAGAACACUUGUAAGAUUAGAUGUCCCAAAUUUUUUAGGUUAUCCUUUGACCUUUUGAACCUUACCCCGAGGCUAAUAAUAAUUCCAUUUCCACUCAUCUUCAUCCCACCAUCAGAGCAAUACAUGACAAAAGGAGAAAAUGGACAAAAAAGGGAUUGCAGCUCAUAGAAGGGUACAAUGAAGAUUAUAUUUUGGUGUAGUAUAAUAAAAUGCCAUCUGUCCUUGUCUCUAAUUGUAAUGUUUUAAGUUUUGGCCCGCUUUGAGCCCCCGAUGAAAGGUGUUGCAUGUUUUGACUAACUUGUUGAUAAUAAUCAGUUAAAUUUAAACAACCUACUUUGGUCUGCAUGUUUGUGUAUUAAACCAUCAUUUUUACAAAUACAAUUUUUAAUUAACCUAUGUAUGUUAACAAAGUUUUUGUUUCUAUGAUGUAAGUGUAACAUUUAAAUUCUUUAUAUAUAUAAAUAGUCAAAAUAUUUGAUGACAAUACAAUAUGCAAUAAUGGCAACUGAAGUGUUGUAAUUAAGUUAUAAUUUAUAACUUUUUUGGUGCAAAAUUAUUCAAAUAGAGAAUUUUACAAAAGUCUACUUUAGUUUGGAAAACUUAGAAACAUAUCGUAAUAAUAUAGUGUUUUUGAAAGCCAUAAAUUGCAGUAAAUUUUCAUUAUUCAGAAGCAAACUUGGCAAAAUCACUAUCCAAUGAGCUUAUGCAUAAAAAAAAUCAUGGCAUGAUCAACAAAUCCAUUAAUUGUUGUAAAUAGAUGCACAUUUUUUCUGAUGUCAGGUGUGUUUUUUUGUGUGGUAACUUGGGGAAAGGUGUUGUUUAGAAUGAGACAAAACAGUUUCCUCUUCUGCAUACAGUCGGUUGAGAUGUUAAUAUACAUUUUUCUUCUCAGUACACUUCUCUGAGUGCAUCCUAUGCUUAGCUUACUUCAUGAUUCAGUGUAUUAAAAUAAAAACUUUAUUCUUUAAAAAUAACUUACUUCCUUACAGUGUGUAUAAAUAAUAGCUUACUUCCUUACAUGGAAUAUUUGAAUAAAAUCUGACACACACACACACUCCAUCCCCCAACAGAGCAUUUAAAUAAUUGCUGGAUCAUUAAAUGCGUUUAGACUGUCCCAAAUGUAAUUUGUGUGUUUUCUCUUCUUUGUUUUGUUACCAACAGGAGAUUUCCAUGCACAUCCAAGGAAGUAUUUAAUUUCACUUGGACAUUGUUUGUACAAGUUAAAGGUAAUGAUUUGAAUCUGCAGUUUUUAGAAUGGAUUAUGUGGAAUCAAUUGCAUGAGUGAAAAAACGAGUUUCAGUUAUUAAUUGUCAUUUCUAAAACAUUUUGUUCAAACCCAUUAGAUUUUAUUAAUUUUCUUGACAAAGUCUUUAUAAAAGCAGGGAAGAAUUACUACUUGUUGGUUAUAUGUCGGUUACAGGCAAUUUCCCAGCUAUUAGUGAUGAUCUAGUGAACUCUUACCACUUAUUGUUGUGUUGUGUGGACUGGAUUUUCGCCAAUGCUGUUUUGGGAGGAAGAAAAGAUCUUCUGAACAGAGACUUUGAAGGUGCUUGGUUGUUGUUUUUUUCUGUUAUAAUUGUGCUUAAGAUUUAGAAGAUUUGUUAGUUUGUUAAGUCAUCUGUAUUUUAAAACAAAGUUAAAAUUGGAUGGUGUGUGUCUUUCUUCAGGAAGUGUCUCUAGAACUGUUAAUAUAAAACUGUCUCUAGAGAUUUUAAUUAUGGAACAGCAACUUGCUUGACUAUGUUGGUAAACAGCAUUGGGAAUAUUUAUUAAAAACAGUUGUAUUUUAAUGGGUUCCUAAAUUUGAACAAUUAUUUCAAGGUUUACCAGAUGACUUCAACAGUGUCAACUGGAAGCCAUGCACAGAGAUGCCUUGUAUCAUGCAGCUCUUGUGUGAGAAACAUGAUGGACUGGUGGUGGAGGCCAAGACCAUAAAAGAGCAUUGGUGGAAGCCACACAUCAAAAGAUUAUUUGAGAAAAAGGUUGGUCCAAGUUCACUGUUUGUUAUUGCUGUCAUUCAGUCUACCAUACUAACUUUGGUGUUAUGUUUAAUAGUUUUAUUACAAAAUUUAAUGUUUUAUCAAAAUAACAUUGAAGAAGUUACUUUUUAACCCCUAUACAUAGUUUAUUAAUGAUCCCAAAUUUAUAAUGGGUUUUUGGUACUUUAAUGAAAUCCACAGGCAUUCUGUUAAACACAGAACAUAAAAGAUGAUUUACACCAUGAAUUAAGUAUAUAUGUGUGUUUAUUGCUAAAUGUAAACCUUAUUAAUAUAUGUAUUAAGGAAAUACAAGAACAACGUUUGUAAACAUGUUACUGUUAUUUGCUAUUUCUUUCUAUUUUAGAGAAAAAUGUUGUAAACCUGCAAAUACAAUUGGCUGCUCCAUAUCUAAGUUUGAUUUGGUCUACAAUUGGUGUGCAAGUGUAAUUAUCAUGUUACAUUCUUCCAUAACAGAUUUUAGGGAAAACAUUUUAAAAAAAUAUAACUUGAUUAGCUAGAUAUAAAUAUUUGAUUGUCUUAUUCCAAUAGAUUCUUGAUGGGAAAUCUGCCAACCUAUCAGCAAUAUUAGAACUUGGCCACUUUGAGGAGAAUGUGUGAGUCCUGUCUCAUUCUGAAGUUUAAUCAGGUUUAAUGCACUGUCCUUGACAUGUGACGUUCCAUUUAAAAUCUAUCUUGUGAAUGAUAAUGUCACAUGCUCAAACAUUUUUUCUACUAUGGAAACCACAUCAAAUUUUGUAUUAUCUUUAUGACAUGGUAAUAUUACUAGUUUAGAAAACCCUCUAAUCUUCAAAUGCGAUUGAAGCUUUAAAAAAUACAAUUUGCACUUAAUCUAAUGAUGCCUUAACUUUUAAAAAAUACCAUUAACUAUUAUUAUGAUAACAAUUUAUGUGGUAUGAGUAAUACUACUUGAUUUUAGUGUUUGUGCUUUUGAUAUCUGUUCCUUGGUGGUCAAUUAUUUUUUUGUCCCCACACUGUCACAAGUACACAGUAAACAAUGAACUUUUCCAGCAGAUGAUUUAUUGUGUGUUACUCUCAACAGUGUCACACAGACAAUAGUAAUUUUAUUUUUAUUAUUGCUACAAAAAUCAGUCAGUUAUUAUUUUUUUUUAAAUCCCCAUACAGCAGUACCAAAGCACUCCUCAAAAUCUUUAUUAAAAAAAACUAACCACAGCUAAACUUUAACCUUCCUCUCCCUUUCCAAAGCCAUAGGUCGACCCACUAACAAAAGCUCUGCCCACCCCAUCAAUAAUUAAAAAUAAACCUCACAAGAUCAUUCUCACCACAUCUGAUAACAACCAUCAUGGUCUUACACAUAAGCUACUAACGCAGAGGAUACAUUUGACCCAUUCACAGUCCAGUAAAAAUUGUGUGACUAAUCUGUGCAAGUAACAAACUUUGAUGUAUCUUACACAACAGACUAAAUACAAAACUUCAUGCAACUUGCUUACAAUUUUUUCCAAUGUUUUGUUGGGAACCUAAAAAAUGUAAAAUAAUGCAUAAUAAUUAAUGCUGACCCUUUUCAGGAAAAUCAUAAAUAAUCUGUAUGAAGAAUAUGUCCUAAGUGUGGGGGACUUUGAUGAAAGAAUAUUUCUGGGAGAUGAUGCCAAUGAGGAGAUAGGGACACCAGGUGGACAGAACACAUCAGAUCUGACAGAACAAAUGCAGGCCAAACGAACAUUAAGACAGCAUGUCGAUGAGGUAUUGAUGCCAGAAUGUCAUGUUGUCGUAUCAACAUAACUAGUUUUAUUGUUUCUAUCUAUAUUGCUAAUAUUUAUAUUGCUUUUUUAAAAAUAAAGUAACUUAAUUUAUUCUAUAAAAUUUCAUUGGCAAAAUGAUUAUAUUUAACUGAUAAUAAAAAAAAUCAUAAAUUGAAGUUUGAAUCAUUCAUUUUACCUCAAAGUACGCCACUUAAAACUUUUUAACAAUUUCACAGACCAAAUCUCUCACACCAUCCACACCUCUAACUGGGCGGCGGUAUUUAAAAGAGAAAGACCUGAGUGUGACGCCUGUCUCUACAGCCACACAAAGUGUGUCUCGGUUGCAGUCUCUACUGUCAGGUUCAAAGACCUCACCUUCUGAAGCACUGCUUGAGAUCUUUAAGUAUGUCAGUUAUUACUGUUAAUGCCAGGAUUCUAUAGGCUUGUAACUUGUUAAGUGGUUGGGAAAAUGCGCCAGCCUUAGGGCAAAAUUGAAAGCUCCAGCAGAGUUCUAUGCUGGGAUUGGAUCCAAAAUUAGAUUUUUGCCCCCCAAAAUCUUUCAAUUGCUGAAUGUCCUAUUAUUCCUGUGGCUUUUUUUUUUGCCUUACAGUGUUAAAUUUAAAGGAAUAAUUACGAGUGGAUGAAUUAUGUGGGAAACUAUAUUAGUAAAUGAAAUGAAACGGUUAGAAUUUAUGCACCUAAAAUACACAAGUUGUAUUCUCUAUUUUAUUUUGAUUGCCAGACAUUGCAGUAGAAAUCCAUCUGAAGAAAUUUCUCACAGGGUAAAAGAAAUGGGGGAGACUUUCUGCAAACACUAUGCUAAAGUAAGUUGAGCCGACUUGCUAAAGUAAAUUGAGCCUUUAUUUUAAAGUAAGUUGAGCCUUUAUUUUAAAGUAAGCUGAGCCUUCAUUUUUAAGGUGUUGAGUUUUGCCUUUUUUUUUUUUAAAAUAAAUAAUUGUUCUAUAUCAGUUGGGUCCACUAUUGAUGUUUGUUGUGUGAACUUAUUCCUUUGAAUGUAAUUAACUGGAGUCAACUUGUUUCAGUCCUCUGAAAGUCAUCCAGGUGCAACCGUUGAUUUUGCCCGCAAACGUCUCCAACUUGGAGAGAGUCUGUACUACAAGACUCUAGAGGGCAUUGUUCAAGGGGAGAGAAAGAGACUCACGGGGGGCGAACCAAAAGAUGUCAAUUUGAUGGUAAGUAAAUAUAAAUAAAUGUGUUUUUACUUAUUGUAAUUUUUUAAAAUUUAUUUAUUUUUUCUUUUAAAACUUAAAAAUGUUUUACCUAAUUUUCUUGUCAUUUUAAUUUUCAGGGUCUGCUUGAAAAUGAAUUCUUUCAUCGGUCACUGCUCGCAUGUUGUUUGGAAAUUGUCAUCUUUUCCUACAACUCUCAGAGGUAAAUAUCCAUUUCUAGUUCCACUCCAGACAACUUUAUGCUUGUUAAAAUAGGAUGUUACAAGCAACCUAAGAAAACGAACUAACAUUUAUCUGUUUCAAUCUUUUGGAUGGCUAUCAGUAGUUUUCAGCGAUGCAAACAAAAUAGCAUUUUGUGAAAAAUAAAUUUUUAAAGCACCAAAUUGUGUUUAGCAUGUUGAGUAUUAUUUUGUAAAUUGAAGGUUUCUCUGUGACCUUAACUAGCCAAUCAUCCUGUUACUAAGUUAGUUGAUUAUAAAAUUGUUGGACUGGGAUAAAGCUUUAAAGCAGAUGAAUUAGACACAAUUUGUGUAUAUAAAAAAAAUAUUUUUAAAAAUAUUUAAAAAAACAUUCAUCAAUGUGUAAAUUUAAUUUAUACUUAUGUGAAAGUUUUUUGUGUUGUUUUUCUUUUGGUACUGAUGAAAGCAUUUGCUGAAACGCCUCCAUUGGAAUUCUGUAUAAUCGUUAUUAAAGCUGAAUAUAUAUUGUUCUUUUUACACAAAUAUUUCGUGUCUAAUUCCUGUUACUAAGUUACUUGACUUGGUCUUGUACAAUUUUUUAUCGCUUUCUCUGAUCACAAUGCAACCUCCUUGACUUUGUUUUGAUCAUUAUAACUGACACAUUCAAUCAUUUACCUUUGCCCCUAGGACUUUUCCCUGGAUUGUGGACAUUUUUGAACUUGGUCCGUAUCACUUUUACAAAGUUAUUGAGAUCAUUAUCCGGGCGGAGAAAGGGCUGUCUCGGGAUGUGGUCAAGCAUCUGAACCAUGUAAGUCUAGAUAUCCCCAUGUUGUUGUCAUGGACUUCUUGGCAUGUAUUUCGCCCUUAGCGUGUGAAGUUGAGCAAGGCUAUAUUGGACAUUGAGUACUGAGAUGGCUUGAAAGCUUGCCAAGCAGGACUCAUGUGUUGUAGGAUCCUAGUGGUUAUAGGAGUCAAAUCUGCUUUUUCUUGCUGUGAGUUUUUUGCCUUUAAGUGGUGCGAUUACUUUUUGAAGAGCGUGCUCCAACAGUGAGUCUGGCUCGCCAGCUUGUGUGACCCAAAACAUGUUUUUCCCACGAGUUCAUAGAGGCCAUACUGUAGUUUCAGAUGUCAUACUUAUGUGACAUAUGUCAUAUUGUGGUGUCAGAUGUCAUACUGGAGUGUCAAACUGUGGUGUCAAAUGUCUUUAAAAAAAAUUGUCAUAUUUGAAGUUAUAGAGGUCUAAAUGUAGUGUCAGAUUUCUUACUGGAGAUUCAGAUACUGUAUAAUGGUGUCAUGUCUAACUGUGGUGUUUUAGAGGUCUAAAUGUGAUGUCAAGUUAUAGAACACUGUGGUCAGAUGAUCUAGGAAAUCCUUAGCAAAGAGGAUUCCUAUGAUGAUUCUCCCAAUGAGGCCAUUGGCCCACCAGCACAUUUAGGGUCACCAUUGAACCCAUGAAUGGUAAGAAGGGGGGAUGCCACUAAAAUCCAGUUAUGGGUAAUUUAUUUUGCAUUCCACUCCAUCUCCCUAAGAAAGUAUUAAAAUAAUUGAUCAUCCCCGAGCACCGUGCUGUUUGUAUCUAGUGUACCGCUUGUUGGCUCACCUCUUCGGAGGUGAGACUGGUUGUAAAACGGUAAAAUCAUUGGGUCCUGUAUAGCUCUGGGCUCGGAUCACCCUCUUCUUUUUGAAGAUAAGAUUACAUAUGUUAUGGAAAGAGUGCUUAAAUAUUUUACUGAUUUCUCAUAUCUUGCAGUUGUAAAUAAUGAGACAUUCACCUCAAAUCAUUGCUUACGGAACAGGCUAAAACAUAGAUUCUUAGAAUGUUAAAUCUUUUUUAACACUAAGCUUGUUUAGAUAAAUUUUUGUUUUAUAAUAAUGUUCACUUUUAUCUUCUGCUUUUAGAUUGAAGAAAGUAUACUUGAGAGUUAUGCCUGGAAAAGUGACUCUCCUGUCUGGGAUGCAAUAAAAGAAAACUUGAUUGUGCCCAGUUGUGAGGAUGUAAGUCCACAGAUUUUUUUAGUAACUGCAGUGUUCAGUUUUUAAUGGUAUGGGGCAAGAGGUCAUGUUUUUAAACAAAAUUAUAUACGGUAAAAGUCCAUUUCACAAUAGAUAUAUAUUGUACGUGUCAAACUCCGAUAUUUGAUUGGUUUAAUUCAUCAGAUUCUUUUACACAUUCGAUAGCACAGAAAUGAACACAAGUCCUUUUCCAUUAGUAUUGAAACUUUAAUCUAUAAAUAUAACUAACAGGCUUUUUAUUUAAUCAAACACAUGUUUAAUGCAGCCAGCUAUAAGAAAGAGAGAAUAACAUAAAAGACAGACUACAUAAAAGUACGUCACCAAGUGAAUGGUGGGAUAAGCAUUCAUUAGAUACUAACUCUUAAAACACACUGGGAACAGUAAAACACAAUAUCCGGUGCGCAACAAUAAUUAAUGAAUACCCAUAUUCGACAAUAGGGGUCAGAGGUUCUUCUGGUUCCGGUAGAAUAUGUUGCUGAAUCAAUGUACUGGUGUAUGUGCAAUGGUUGGGGAUGCGAUGCUGGUAUUUUAAUGGCUCUAAUAUCUGACUUCUUUUAACAAUACAGCUUAUAAAAAACCCCCAUUAAAACUCAAAUCUUUCAUUCCUAAUUGUUUUACCAAUUUAAUAUUAUCUCUGUUAAUGACAUUGAACAAAGUUUUCUCAUUUCCUCAUCAGGUUACUCCUGGCAAUUUAAUGGAAGGGACCAAACAAGUUUGUUCAGCUAACCCAGUUGCUAAACAUCCCCGUCUUCGUUCCCUGGUGGGAGAUAUUAAAUACCUUCAAAAAUGUAACUAAUUUAAGAUGACCCUAAGAGCUUCAAAAAAAAAAAAAUUAAAUCAGACAAGUUUUAGAUUUUGGUUUAAUACGUAGCCCAGUGAAAUGAAUAAUACUGCAUUGCAUUUAUGGAAUAUAUGCUCAGCUAUAAAAUAUUUCAGGAAUUACAUUAAGAAAACUGAUCACUCCAAUCUAAUUUUCAGUUUCAUUACAUACAAAUUUUAGGUUUGUGUGAUACGUUUCUGAGCUACAUUAUAAGCCCAGAGAAAAAAAAAUUCUUAAAAGAUAUCGUGACUUUCAGCAUAUCUCAAAAAUUUAAUGGAUGCAAAACAGGGGUUUGUUACCUUUAUUCUUUAAAGAAUUAAAUAUUUAAAAAUUUAAUUUUUUUGUUACUCUACAACCAGAUUCUGACCCAUUGCAAUCCCCCAUGGCACCAAACGCAUCUGACAGAUUUAACUCACCCUCCCCUGGAAAUGCAAAGCGCCGACUAUUUGAGUCGGCGGCCACCACUGCCGCCACCUCAGGCUCAACUGUUUCCACGCUCACGUUAACUUCUCUGUCCCGGAGUCAAGGCGUGACCAUCAUCUCCUCCCCAAACCAGCUCCCGACAGCAACAACACACAGCACAGCCACCCGUUCCAUACUGCUGGGCCAGUUGAAAGGAGGAAUAUCGGAUACCAUUGUGGUAUCAAACAAGGUCAGAACAAAAGUCAUGAAUUUUUUAUUACGUAGGUUUCCGCUGCCUCCUGAAAUUCCAGGAGCUCCUGGAAAUCUCUUGGAAUUUGAAAAAAAUUGAUGAAAUCCUGGAAAACUCCUUAAAUUUUAAAAUUCUCCUUAAAUGUCCUGAAAUUUUUGUUUCCACAGAGGGAGGUGUAAAAAAAAAAAUCUCGGUCGCAAUAGUUAUUUUAUUUAUUUGUUUCUAUUCAAUUCGUAGUCUAUUUUUAGCCCUUCCAUUAACAAAACGAGUUUGCCAUAAUAAUGCUAGUGGUGUCCCCUAACUGCGUAGGCGCUUUACGAGUUUUGAAUAUGAAAUGUCGUACCGUACUGCGUUGAUAGACCAGAAUUUUUUUUGUUCAGUUCCCUUCGUCGUUCAAUGGAAUUUUCGGGGUAAGUAUACUAAUAGCGUAAAAUACAUUAGAUAGAUUUUUAAAUUUAGUUUUUUAAUAGUGAGGUAACUAUUAUGAUUAGAAAACAAGCCCAAUCGCUUUAUAAAUUGACUAAGCUUAGCCUAAUUUAUUUUAAAGUUGAUUUUUAAUAGGUAGUCCAUGGUGGAGAAAAGAAAGCCUUUUCGUUUUAGGGUCAUUUUUCGAAGUUUUAAAAAAAAAAAAAAUUAACCCACUUAAAGUAGUGUUAAAGAAAUAAAUUUUAUACAUGAAUAAAGUUUAUGCCUUUAUCUGGGGAAUUAUCGUACUUUUAUGUCUUAAACAUGUGUUUGAAAAGUAUCAGUUUUGACAAAUUUUGCGGUGUUGUCAGUUUUGCGAGUGCCGGUUUACCCCAGCGUUUCAAGCGCUCGCCGCUAUUUAAGUUAUCGGAUUAAUUCUACCACCAUAAGAUAGAGAAGAUGCUGUUCUUUUGUUUGAUGAAUAUAAAGUAUAUAUAUCAUGCUAAUUUUAUUUUGAAAAAGCUGGUUGAAAACUUUUGUACAAGAAAAAUGGGUGAUAAAUGCCUCUCUUAGUUUCUCUUCUGCCUGUAUUAUUAGUUAAGUAACCGUAUAAUAUGUCUAUAUUAUUAUUAUUAUUAUUAUGUUAACUCUAUUGUAGACCUAAUACUAAUACUACUAUGAUAAUUUAUUAAUUUUAUUUUGUUUCACUUUUCAGGGUCUAGGGUAAAUAAAUAAUACCCAACAGUUCCUUUGAAGACUUAUGGUUAAGAUAGCAAUCCUUAUUGAAAAAGCCAUCACUGCUACUAUAUAAUAGAACUUGAAUCUGAACUGAGUCAAUCCCAAGCUAGUGGACUGGAGUUCAAUCCCCAGAAAAGGCCUAGACAAGCAAAAACAUCACCGGCAUGCCGGGUAGAUGGGAUGCAUUAACCUUGGAUAGCAACUCAUCUUAGAGAAGGCAAACUCUGAAAUCAAACGCGGACAUGGAGUCCUGUAGGCAUUAUGGCAUUGACACAAUGAAAAUUCUGACAAACUCCUAUGACGUAGAGCGCAUAAAGAGCAUAGUGAAACACACACACUGCUGGUCAUCUACUGCAUCCUGGUCUAUUUCCAGUCGUCAGGACUGUCUUUCCAUAGGAUCACAUAGGCAAGGAUGAGAAAGUGGUUCUGACAAAUCGAGCAACUCUCCCUCACUUUAAACAAAAUACAGCUCACACCAAGGCUACUGCGUAAGUCUUAGUGAUCUUCAUGUGUACAGGAAGAACAACGAUACUGGAAAUAUUGAUAUAAAGUAUAUUUGCAGGACAGUUCUCGGAUGCCAUGAAAAUUGAGGGAAAAUGAUUAAUAAUCUUAAAUCAUCUGAGACUUCCUCUAGUUCAACUUCUUAAUCAAGCUACCAAUUUAUGUGUAUCUUCGGAAAUAAAUAUGACUUACUUGUGAUUGAAAUGGAUUAUUUUAUAAGUUUAUUAGUUGUUUGUUGUCAAACAUCAAGUACAUCUUAACAGAAACAAGUUACUCAACUGUAUGAACUAGGGACCAGAGUAUCUAUAUCGGUACAUCCUUAAAUCAAAUAAUGGCUAUAGCAUGAGCAGUCCUUAGAGUAAGUACCCUACCAUAUAAGGGCAUUUAUGUCCACUUACUACAAACAAAAAUUGUAUAAACGUAUAGAGUCUUUUUUUUUUAUAUAUAUUUAAAAAUGUCCUGGAAUUUUGUAUUUUCUCCUGGAAAAGUCCUGGAAUUUUUUUGUUUAGAUUUGGUACAAGAACCCUGAAAAUUUUCCUGGUGGCAGUAACAUUGAGUCUGAAACAUUCAGCGCAGUUCAAUGACCUCAUGCAACUAUGUGGUUUCAAGCAGUCAACUUUCGAUUAAGAACACAUUUUUUAAUUAAAAACUACUGAAUCGGCAUCAAACACCUAAUUGAGAGAAAAAAUAUUACUGGCCUGAUCAGAUCAUUCCAUUAAUCACUAAGUUAAUGUUCAUGAGGUUUUUCAUACCUAAUUUUAAUCUCAUUACUUUGAGUGAAUCCAAAUUCCCAAAAGUUUGUGUUAGGAUUAGAACACAGUGAAUGGAAUGAACAUAGUUUACCUCUUGCGACAGGACAUAGAAAAUUAUUUGCUAAACUGGUCGUACCCCAUACCUAUUGCCAGAUAAUUAUUUGCUAAACUGGUCGUAUCCCUUAAGUAUUGCCCCGUUUUAAUGUUCUUUGAAAUGUAGUGUUGUAUUACACUGUUUCAAUUUUCUUAGAAAUGUAGUGUUAUAUUGCAUUCUUUCAGUGUUCUUAGAAAUGUAGUGUUGUAUUGCUAUUGCACUGUUUCAGUGUUCUUAGAAAUGUAGUGUUUUAUUACAUUGUUUCAGUGUUCUUAGAAAUGUAGUGUUGUAUUACACUGCUUUAGUUUUCUUAGAAAUGUAGUUUUGUAUUGCACUCCUUCAGUAUUCUUGGAAACGUAAUGUUGUGUUGCACUGUUUCAGUGUUCUCGGACAUGUAGUGUUGUAUUGCACUCCUUCAGUAUUCUUGGAAAUGUAGUGUUGUAUAACAUUGUUUCAGUGUUCUUGGAAAUGUAGUGUUAUAUAACAUUGUUUCAGUGUUCUUGGAAAUGUAGUGUUACAUGUUUGGACUUGAUGAUAAAGAGAAGUGGUGAGUUAUAUUUUUUGCAACUGAACCUUGAUGCAGCGACAUUAUCUUUACAACUUUUGGUAUUCCAAUCUGCAGGUAGCAUCAGCCUUGGCCCCCACAUUAACCUUGCCCAGGUCAGACUCCCCUCCGCCACUCAUCACCACAACCUCAGUGCUGGGCUCACCGGUCGCAGGGGGUCACGCCAUUGUAGCCGCCGCAGCAGGGAGUGGCAGUGUCCUAACCACCCCUAUGACCAAGCAGCCCGGUGGCCCCACACAACAAGCCAUUGUGGCUAUGAUGGAAGAUGGCCGACAGGUACUGAUGUUCUCAUACAAAUGUAUUAAUUGGUAACAUGAGUGACAGAUUUAACAUCAAAUGGCUUGGCGAUUUCCAUGGUCAUUAGUAUUUAUUACCUCAGAUGAUUCUGAUUUGUAGUUUCUUUAUCAGGAAAUGGAAAUUUAAUAUAGUAAAUGAAUCCCUUGUGAUGCAGAGAUUUUCUAUUCUAAUUUCAUAAUUAAAUUUUUACAUCAUAAUGCCAUCUUUAAUUUAAACCAUGAGGUAUAAAAUGACAAAACUGAGAUAGUUUUUAACAAUUAACCCUUCUUUUUUUUUAUCUAAUAAGUCUACUUAUCUGUGUUUUUCUUGACCACCCCUAAACAUAACAUAAUAAAAUGUGUGCUAACAUGCAGAAAUCAAUACAAGUUGAUGAUCGUGGUCAUGACCUCAAUGUCGAUUUAUACAAAUUAACUUCUGGAGGAUGGAUUUAUGACAUUUCAGAAAUGGAUGAUAGAUUUAGAUACCAGGUACUGAUUUCAAGUUGCUGGGUCAAAAAUGUAGACAACUCUUGGCACAAUUUCUUCAUUUAUGUUUGCCCCCCCAGAUUUUAAUUCCCGUACAGAUUGCUCAGCCAUCAGCAUCAACUUCCACAGCAACCUCCAACACAGUUGCUAACACAACAGCAGCUGGAUCUACUAACACAACAACUAGCACCAUAACUAUACGAAAAAAAUCAGGGGAGGUAAAGAAACUCUUUGGAAAAAAAUCUUUUUAAAAAAUGUGCAUACAAAUCUGUAUUUAAUUAAUUGUUAAAGAAAUCUGUAAUAAAAAAAAUGUAAUUUAUAUUUAUAAUAAUUUUUUAUUUCAAAAUGAGCUUUUAAAACCAGUUCUUUUAAAACAAAGUUCUUAUCAGACAUUUUUAUUUUUCUCAUAGUGUCUAGCAAAAUUGUUCAAGUGCAAUCCAAUUUUAAUUGACCUAUUUAUAAAGUGUUAUAAGGAGAAUCACUCCCAUCUGGUGCUUGUUAAAUAACUAAUUGUUUUUUUACCCAUAACUUUCUUAAGCUCCUAUGAUUGUUGUGCUCACAAAUGAGUGUCAGCCACGAAACAUGAAUUUAACUGGUACAAUGAUGGCUCUGCUUUUGUUCUCUCCCUCCCCUUUCAGGCCCUGUAUGUCAAGGUUGAGAAAGCAGAGCCUGAUCACAGCUACAACAAACCCAAGAAGACCGGAUCGCUGGCUCUCUUUUUCAGAAAGGUUGUUUAUUUUUAUACCUCACAUUUCAGUACAACUUAUUAAGCCACUACAGCAGAUCUAACCAAAACAAAAUGUGUCCAUUAUAUAUAGAAAGACUUAGCUAAAAAUGUGAAUGACAGGUUAUGGCCCACAAGUGGAAAUCACAUUCAAUGUAGUUGCACAAAAAGUGAGUAUCAAUAUAAAAAAUAUACAACUGUGCAACUAACUAUAUUUCUUUUUAAAGUAAGGAAAUACUGUAAAGUUUGAUCUUAUAAAUGUUACAAAAUUUAACAGUUGAAACAUGAAUGUGUUCAAUAUGUGAUCAAAAGAGGAGAGGGGCCAUGCAGCAUCCAAGUAUUGGAUAAAUUUGACAUUUGUGAGACAGAGCCUUAGGGACAUGCUAGUUAGAAGCCACCUCCCCGCUAUCAAAGCACAUAAAAGCACCAAAAGUUGCAACCGUAGCCAUUGCAACACAUGUCCCUAUCUGAUUGAACUUGAACUUUGUUCAAAUCACUUCCUUUCCACUUUUCUUUUCUUUGUUUCUGCCUGUUUUUUUCGCCCAGUUCUAUUUUUUCUCCCCUUUUUUAGGUAGGAUACCUGUGUGUAUAUAUAUAUAUAUAUAUUAUGUAAAUUUAAUUUAUACUUAUUUAAUUGUCUUUUUGUUGUACUGAUGAAGGCAUGUGCCGAAACACGAAACAUAUACUUUUGUAUUCUGUAAAAUUAUUAUUAACACUUACCUAAUAUUGUUAUUAUUGACACAAUUUGUUGGUGUCUAAUUAAUCUAUUUUAAAGCUUUAUCGCAGUCCAACACUUUUUAUAAUUAGUUGUAUGGAGUAGGACACCAGGAAGGAGAAAUCUUACCAGCUGGAAUCCAUCAUGUAAAUCCCCUUGACUUUUGUUUUGUACAGGUCUAUCACCUUGCCAGUGUAAGGAUAAGGGACUUGUUCGAUAAACUAGACAUUGAAGAUGAUGACUUGCUCAAGAAGAUCUGGACCUGCUUUGAAUAUGCCCUUGUUAACCAUGUCCACUUGAUGUGUGACAGACACCUGGACCAACUGAUCAUGUGCUCCAUGUACCUGAUAGCCAAGGUGACGGAGAAGCCCCUAACAUUUCAGAACAUCAUGAAGUGCUACAGGCUGCAGCCCCAGGCACACAGUCAUGUAAGUAUUUAUACUCUGCACAACCAGGUUACAUACUCUUACACUACAGGCUCCAAGCCAUGUAAUUAGUAAUAUUUGCAUUUAAAUUAUGACCGUGACAGGCGCGCACACAUCCCCAACCCCCACACACACAGAAACACACUUCUAUUUAAAAAAUUUAAUGCAUCUAGUUUUAUAACUGUGUACCUUCACCACUGUUUUGAUGCAGGUGUAUCGAAGUGUCCUGCUUUCGUUAAGGCAUCGUCAUGGCUCAGGUAGCAGUGACAGCAGCAAAAGUAAUGGGGGGAGCGGGAGCUCAUCACCUGUCAAUGUUGAAAUCAAGUCUGAAAGUAAAGGAAAGGAGAAGAGUAAGUUUGAUACCUGUUAACUUUUCUUUCUGGAAAUAAUUAUUUAAAAUUCCUUGUAAAUGUUUCUAUCUGAAAUUAAGAAACAUAAAACGCUGUUAUAAGAGAAGAUGAGCACUUCAAUAAUAUAAUGCUGCUGUUAGGUGUCAUACAUACAUUAAUUUUAAUACAUGUUUAGGUUAAAUAAAUAAAUACUAAUCUAUGUUAUGCAGCAUAGUUUUUAAAUAAUAAUGUUAUUAUAAUACCCCAGUGCACUGUAAAUAUAUAAUGAUCUGUGGAACACAAAAAUUGUUUGUACAUUGCAGAACAAGUGACCGUUCGUUCCUCCAGUACCUUGCCUCAUUCCCACCCCAGCAGCCAUCCACCCACCCCCACCAGGUUUGUGGGGGGUGGGGUUGAUGACUUGGAAGAUGAGAGAGGCGACCUCAUCCAGUUUUAUAAUCUUGUGAGUUGAAUUGGAGGCACAUGAAUCCCUUGAGUGCAUAAUGAUAUAUCAAGAACCAAUGCUCCCUUUAUAAUAUCAUGAAUCAAUCCUUCCUGGAGUGCAUAUUGAUAUAUCAUGAACCAAUGCUCCCUGGAGUGCAUAUUGAUAUAUUAUGAACCAAUGCUCCCUUUAUAAUAUCAUGAAUCAAUCCUUCCUGGAGUGCAUAUUGAUAUAUCAUGAACCAAUGUUCCCUUGAGUGCAUAUUGAUAUAUUAUGAACCAAUGCUCCCUUUAUAAUAUCAUGAAUCAAUCCUUCCUGGAGUGCAUAUUGAUAUAUCAUGAACCAAUGUUCCCUUGAGUGCAUAUUGAUAUAUUAUGAACCAAUGCUCCCUUUAUAAUAUCAUGAAUCAAUCCUUCCUGGACUGCAUAUUGAUAUAUCAUGAACCAAUGUUCCCUUUAUAAUUUGAAUCAAUCCUUCCUGGAGUGCAUAUUGAUAUAUCAUGAACCAAUGUUCCCUUUAUAAUUUGAAUCAAUCCUUCCUGGAGUGCAUAUUGAUAUAUCAUGAACCAAUGUUCCCUUUAUAAUAUCAUGAAUCAAUCCUUCCUGGAGUGCAUAUUGAUAUAUCAUGAACCAAUGUUCCCUUUAUAAUAUCAUGAAUCAAUCCUUCCUGGAGUGCAUAUUGAUAUAUCAUGAACCAAUGUUCCCUUUAUAAUAUCAUGAAUCAAUCCUUCCUGGAGUGCAUAUUGAUAUAUCAUGAACCAAUGUUCCCUUGAGUGCAUAAUAAUAUAUCAUGAACCAAUGCUCCCUGGAGUGCAUAUUGAUAUAUCAUGAACCAAUGCUCCCUUUAAUAUAUCAAGAAUCAAUGCUUCCUUGAGUGCAUAAUGAUAUAUCAUGAACCAAUGCUCCCUGCAGUGCAUAUUGAUAAAUCAUGAACCAUUGCUCCCUGGAGUGCAUAUUGAUAUAUCAUGAACCAAUGCUGCCUGGAGUGCAUAAUGAUAUAUCAUGAACCAUUGCUCCCUUGAGUGCAUAAUGAUAUAUCAUGAACCAAUGCUUCCUGGAGUGCAUAAUGAUAUAUCAUGAACCAAUGCUCCCUGGAGUGCAUAAUGAUAUAUCAUGAACCAUUGCUCCCUGGAGUGCAUAAUGAUAUAUCAUGAACCAUUGCUCCCUGGAGUGCAUAAUGAUAUAUCAUGAACCAAUGCUCCCUGGAGUGCAUAAUGAAAUAUCAUGAACCAUUGCUCCCUUGAGUGCAUAAUGAUAUAUCAUGAACCAAUGCUCCCUUGAGUGCAUAAUGAUAUAUCAUGAACCAAUGCUCCCUGGAGUGCAUAAUGAUAUAUCAUGAACCAUUGUUCCCUGGAGUGCAUAAUGAUAUAUCAUGAACCAAUGUUCCCUGGAGUGCAUAAUGAUAUAUCAUGAACCAUUGCUCCCUGGAGUGCAUAAUGAUAUAUCAUGAACCAAUGCUCCCUGGAGUGCAUAAUGAUAUAUCAUGAACAAUUGCUCCCUGGAGUGCAUAAUGAUAUAUCAUGAACCAAUGCUCCCUGGAGUGCAUAAUGAUAUAUCAUGAACCAAUGCUCCCUGGAGUGCAUAAUGAUAUAUCAUGAACCAAUGCUCCCUGGAGUGCAUAAUGAUAUAUCAUGAACCAAUGCUCCCUGGAGUGCAUAAUGAUAUAUCAUGAACCAAUGCUCCCUGGAGUGCAUAAUGAUAUAUCAUGAACCAAUGCUCCCUGGAGUGCAUAAUGAUAUAUCAUGAACCAAUGCUCUCUGGAGUGCAUAAUGAUAUAUCAUGAACCAAUGCUCCCUGGAGUGCAUAAUGAUAUAUCAUGAACCAAUGCUCCCUUAAAUUUAUCAUUAAUCAAUGUCCCUUCUUACAUAUGAACCCCUACCUCUGUCCCUCUUAUGAAUGGGCAGCAAAGUUCCCUUUAAAAGUCACUAAUGUUCCUUCUUAUGAAUGAGCACCAAGGUUACCUGUAACAGUCACUAAUGUUCUUUCUUAUGAAUGGGCAACAAAAAUGCCUCUUAUAUUAUAUAUCAAGCAUCAAAGUUCCCUUUGUUCCUUCUUAUGAACUAGAAUAAAUGACCCGAUGUUAUCGGGUAAUAAUGGUAGGUCCAUUGCGAUAAUUUCCACCUGCUAUGCAAGCACUCAUCACAAUGCCUAACUUUAAAAAUAAGUAUCUAUUUAAUGAUAUUUAGUAACAUGAUUAAGUUUUGAGAAGUAUUUAUCUACCAUAUAUUUAUACGCCUACCCUACUCCCUUUCACGCCCCUAAACUACAUUUUCCCCUCUAAACAUGACCUUAAAUUACCCAAUAUCAAUUAUCACUAAUUAUAUCACUUUUGUCACUGAAGAAGUUAAUUGAGGGAUGAAGCUAGAGAAAUACUUUACAUUUACCCUUUUUCGUGCCCUUGAAUUACAACUUUUUUUUCUCUAAAAAUUGUUAAAAAAAACAAUCUUAAAUUUACAAUAAAAACUCUAUAUAUAUGAUAUAAAUAUAUUUUAUAUUAAAGUAAUUUGAUAUAUUGAUAUCUUCAUCAAAAAUUUAACACACUUUUUGCCUUGUUUCUUUUUAAAGUAUGCAUGAUCAGAAAAUCGUGAAACAAAGAAUUUUUUAUCUAAAGAAGAAUCUCGCAACCGUUUUUCACGUCUGUAACAGACUUGUGUCUUUUUUUUUUUAAAUUGUUAAUCUCAUAAAAAUAAACACCCAGUUAAUCUGAUUAAACACCCACUUAACUUUUCGCCAAAAAAAAAAUAAAAAUAUAUAUAUAUAUAUUUUCAUUUUUUUGAAAGAAAAUAUUAACCCAUCUCCAUUUUUUCAAAAUUAAAUGUUCUAUUGUGUUAAAUUAUUGGGUUUUGAUAUUCAUGGGUAUACUUAUAUAAAUGUAAACAAAUCCAAAAGGUGUCAUGGCGACACCCACGUUCCCGCCACUGGCACCAGCUAUACCUCGUCCUUACUAGGCGCUUGGAGCUAUCCAGUGUACUUCACACCCGCAGCUACCAUAGUACAGACUGUGACACAGAUCAUUCUCUCGUAGCAAGCAAGAUACGACUAAUGACCAAAAAUUGCAUAAUGCUAAAAAGAAGUGUCGUCCACGAAUUAACAUCCACUGCUCAAACAACCCAGAAAAAAUGCAGCAAUUCAUAAAAGUGUUGCAGGAUACCCUUGCUAAAGGAUCACACGAUGGUACUAUUGACUCUAAGUGGACUCAUUUACGAGAUGCUGAGUACGAUUCAGCCAUGUCCGCCUAUGGUAAAAUGGAGCAUAAAAAUAAUGACUGGUACGCAGCGCAUUGAAAUGUGAUUUAACCCGUAAUGGAGAGGAAGAGAAGAGCCCUAUUUGCCUACCGGGAAACACCUUGUGCUCGUACACUACAGGCUUUCCGAACCGCAAAAAAUUUAUCACAGCAGACUGCCCGCCACUGUGCCAACACUUACUGGCUGGACCUUAGCAACUUUAUACAAUCAGCUUCCGACAAAGGAGAUGCAAGGAGCAUGUUCGAGGGCAUCAAGAGAGCAUUAGGUCCACAUACUUCAAAAAUAUCACCACUAAAGUCCAAGACGGGUCAAAUUAUCCAUAAUACAAAUUAUCAACUCUGGCGUUGGGUAGAGCAUUAUCUGGAAUUAUAUUCAACAAUGAAUGUAGUCACUGAGACCGCUCUGCAUAAUAUUCCCGCAUUGUCAGUAAUGGAUGAUCUAGAUGAAGAGCCAACUUUACAGGAGCUCGAAAAAGCCAUUGAUUACCUUGCUGAUGGGAAAGCACCAGGGAUUGACGGCAUCCCAGCGGAAGUCCUCAAAAAUGGAAAUCCUAUUUUACUUCAGUCCUUACAUGAGCUCCUCUGUCUGUGUUGGGAAACAGGUCACAUUACCCAGGACAUGAGAGACGCCAACAUCGAAACAUUGUAUAAAAAUAAAGCGGACCAUAGUUACCGAGGUAUUUCUCUCCUUGGCUUAGUUGGAAAGACUUUUGCCCGUGUUGCCCUUAAACGAUUGCAGAGUCUGGCUAACCACAUCUACCCAGAGUCCCAGUGUGGCCUCCGGAGUGGGCGCUCAACAAUAGGCAUGAUAUUCUUGUUACGCCAAAUGCAGGAGAAAUGUCGUGAACAGCAUAUGCCUCUUUAUAUUGCCUUCAUAGACUUGACAAAGGCAUUUGACUUGGUAAGUCAGAGAGGCCUUUUUGGUAUCUUGCAAAGAAUAGGUUGUCCCCCACGACUGCUCACAAUCAUACAGUCAUUUCAUAAAAGCAUGCACAGCACAGUUACUUUCAAUGGGGUCAUAUUGAGGGUCAUAAUCUUUCGGUUGUUGAUCAUUUCACAUACCUGGGAUCCAAUAUUUCUAGUUCUCUCUCCGUUGAUGAAGAGAUAAAUAUCAGGAUCACAAAAGCAGCAGCAACUAUUGCUAAACUGAAUAAGCGGGUGUGGAAUAAUCUCAAUCUAACUGAUAAAACAAAAAUAAGUAUCUAUCAGGCAUGUGUGCUUAGUACGCUCCUAUAUGGUAGGGAAGUGUGGACGACGUAUACCAGUCAAGGGCAGAAACUCAACAGCUUCCAUAAAAAAUGUCUGCGUCACAUUUUACGCAUUCGUUAGCAAGACAAGGUGUCUAACGCGGAGGUCUUGGAAGUGCACACAUAUUUAGCAUAUUCUCCUUUCUUAUCAAGAGACGCCUUCCCUGGUUAGGUCAUGUACGGAGAAUGGAGGAAGGAUGUAUCCCAAAGAUUCUGCUGUAUGGAGAGUUGGCAGAAGGGUCAAGACAUAUUGGACGGCAACGCCUGAGAUUUAUGGACAUAUGCAAAGGGAGCGUGAGGGAAGCCAAUAUUGAAAACAACAAAUGGGAGAACAUUGCCGAACAACGUUCCAUCUGGCGAACUGCAGUGUAUGAAGGCGUAAAAAAGGCACAUACGCGAAACGAGGCCCUUGCAAGAAAAAGAACAAUACGAAAGUUAAAAUCUUUCCAGGAAUCAAUAUUCUCCUGCAAGAGAUGGGGUCGAGAUUGUCAUUCCAGAAUUGGCCUAGUUAGCCACUUGUCAAAGUGUAGGACUACACUACAGAGCUACUCCAUCGUCUAACGUAGACGGAAUGAUGCCAUAUAUAUACUUAUAUAAAUGUACCCAUGUUUUGUUAACGCCAUUGAUUUUCUUAAUUGGUAAACUUAUGUUUAUUUUUAAAAAGAAAAUGUAACAUCUCUUUUUUCACAAAUGUAAUACCAUAGGAUUUAAAUAUAUAUUGUCAUCCACGUAAAAAUGUACACAUCCUAUUUCCUACCUCCGGUAUGAAUGUUCCCAAGAAGUUUCAUUAUUUAUCAAAUUCAUUCCUUUAUUUUGAGAUGUACUGCCUUGGGCAAAAUAAGAGACCAACACCCCUCCACCCCCCACCCCAUUUAAAUAAAAUUAAUAUCUUUCAUCGGAUUGUCAUCCCUUCCAUACCCAAACUAACAUAUUUUGCACUUCAUAUGGAUUUUUCUUAUUUGGAUGAGUUACGAGUGGAUUUGUUAAUGCUAUUGCUAUGGAGUUUCUUUUCACUGAUCGACUUAACUGGCAUUUUCUUAUUAGAAGUAUUUUAAAAGGUUUAGUUUUUAUUAAGUUAUAAAUUUAAUAAAAGUAUAUUUUUGGAAUUAAAAAAAGUUCUAAAAAAAGUUAAAUUUUAAAAAUACAAGCUAAAAUUUGUGUGUGUUUUAUUAACAACUUAAAGAGCAAUUAAUUAUAUUUAUUAAUUUUACUUUUAAGAAGGGGGAAAUACAUUAUCUGUUAUUAAACUUAUUAAAUCAAAGAAACUUAAGAGUUUUGGCUAAAGUAGGUCAUUUGCAUGUUUAUUUAGAACAAAUAAAUUUUAAUUUUAUUUUGCAAUAUUAACAACGCACUAAAAAACGCACUAAAAACAACUGAUGUUUGGGUUUCCCCAAUUAAUGUGAUUAAGAUGUAAUUUUUAGAUCAUAAGUUUUUUAUUAAUUUUUUUUGCAUAACUUUUAAAUUCGGAUAAAAUGCUUAAAAUAGUUCCUUUGUUGUUACUUUAAAUGUAUUUGUAGUUUAUAAUAAUAUUACUUUAACUUUUACUAAAACAAAAGCGUAUUUAUGUUAUUUUUUUGCGCAUUUAAAUUUAUUCGAUUUCCGUAAAAUAAUAGAAAAUAACUAUGAUGUUUUUAAGAAUCAGAACAUAUUUAAGUCUUUUUGGUUUUUUGGGUUACAGUGAGCACAGCUCAUUCUUAUAUAUAUGAGGCACCAAAGUUACAUCUUAUAUAUCAGAUAUAAGGGGUAUAUAAAAAAAAAAUAAAAAAGAUUAAUGCUUCAAAUCUGAACUAAGCAAAUUAUUUAGUUAUUUAGCUACGUUGUGCUAGAUAAAUUUCAAUUUACACCAGAUUCUUAUCCAAUCCAUAGAUCAUGCUUCAUUUAAAUGAGUACAAAAAGGGGCAGAAUGUAAUUAAGAAAAAUAUUUUUGACCAGACAAAUAGAAUAUAAUUUGGGAAAUGUAUUUAAUAUCAUUUAUUUUAGACAUGAAAGUUAGUUUGUUUAUAUUUGUUUUCUUACAGGUUUACCUCAAGAAAAUCCGCUCAUUUGCCUUAAAGUUUGCUGAUAAAACUACAGAUGCCUCGGUGAGUUCAGUUGCUCUCUCAUAUAUUUCUUACUGGCAUCUUCAAAUAUGCUCCAGGUCCUUAAGAAGUGCACCACUGUAAAGACCAAAACCUAGUGGUUCUUGGUUUUUACAGGCCACUUUGCACAUAGAGUAGACCAAAUGACGUGACUGCACAAUUAGUCUGUAGGUUGGCCUUCAGUUUUGAGCCCCACAAUGACUGUUGCAAAGCUCAGGCUUGGGGAUGGGAUUCUUGAUGAUUCGUUCUACAGUGAAGACUCUGUAACCCUUGAGCAGUUCUAUUUGAUGCUAUGAAAAUUUGUUAGUACCAGUCUUAUUCUAUAAAGUCUAUAACUAAAGUCCAUGGUAAACUGAACAUUUAACUUCUCAAGGCCCUUCGUUUGAGCUAUCCUUAGUAGUCAGGCUUGGUAGUGAAAUUAUGCCAAGUUUUUGGGUACCGGUAUCAGAAAUGGUAAUAAUCCUUUGAAGGUGCGAGAAACUUGACCAUGUUGUGUUUCCAAAUAUUUUAAAUGUAGAGCAAUUUAUUUCAGUGGCUACUAUUUUGAUAAAUCAGCUGUAAUGUCACGUGAAAAAGAGUAAUGCUUUGAUCGGCUAUCACAUCCAACAACUGAUCAGAUUUUUUGUAAAAAUUAAAAAAAACACAAACAAAAUAGUGCAACCCAGACAAAACUUUGAAGAAAAUUUGAUUGUGUGAACUAACUAAAUUGUGAGCCAUAAGACACUGAAAGGUCAAAGGUUAUGAGUUAUUCCUCUCAAUUCUGCUAUAUUAGUCAGCCAUAAGAUAUGAAAAGGUCAUGUGUAAUUUCCCUAAAUUCUGAUAUAAUUGUCAGCCUUGAGACUUUAAAGGGUGAAAGGUCAUGUGUUAGUUAUCUAAUGCAAAGCCAUACUUGGAAUAGUUAAAAUAAUCUCUACUCCAGGAUCUUAAUAUUUACAAAUAUUUACAGGAGCAACCAAAAUUGUCGCCACUUCCUGCCAUAAGAUGCUUGACGUCUUCCCCACGUCGGGUAUCCAACAGCUACUCUGUAUUUAUAUCCCCUCAUAGAAGCAACUGUGCUCCCCUGGCACGAGGAAUGUCGUAUUCUAUUAACCUCAGUCCAUCAAAGGUAAGGAGGGAUUUCAGAAGUCUGAUAAAAAUUUAAUAAGAGAUGAUAAAAGUUAGGCGGGGCCCUGCCUUUCUAUUAUAAAGUCAGGCUGGGGCCUAGCUUUUUAUAGAUUAUCUUAAAUGUAAAUUAGAAAGCUCCCAACCAAAGCAUUUCUCUGUAAAAAGAUGAUUUCACACAGACAUUAAACAGCACUUCGAAACAAGAAGAAAGUGCCUUAAACCUGGAAGAUGCCGCCAUAAUAUCUCUAUUAGAGACCAAUAUCCCUGACAUCCUGCAUUGUGAAACUUGCUGAGAGAAUGAUCCGUUGGUGACUAGAAACAACAGGUACUCUCAAUAACGUAACAGGGUCUAAUAAAAGUACCACCUCCAGACAGGUACUCCCAAAUAACGUAACAGGGUCUAAUAAAAGUACCACCUCCAGAUGCAAUUCGUCCAUUGAGGAUCAUCUGUUAGGUCAUUGAUGACAGUUAGGUCAUUGAUGAUAAUUUGUUAGGUCAUUUCUGAUCAUCUGUUACUGUUAGGUCAUUGAUGAGCAUCCAGAAUGGGGUGCAGCUCAGUGAAUAUCCAGGGCACAUUUUGAUGAGAUGGCAUUAUUUUGUUUGUUUUGGAUAGUGCAGUCAAAGAAGGAAGAAGUUGAGCCGCUUGUACAGUUUGUCACGGAGUCCUGCUUUGUUAAGUUUCCUGGGAAGCGAUUCGUGACCCGCCAUCUCAGAUCUGUGAGCGGUGGAUAAAGACUACUGUUGUUAAACCCACUUAUAAUCCUUUAGCUGAAGUGAAAGAAUUGAUUGUAAGCAUGUUCUCCAGAUAGGAAGCUGAAGUGAAAGAACUGAUCGUAAGCAUGUUCUCCAGGUAGGAAGCAGGUAUUAGCUUUAUUUUGUACCCUUUUAAAGGAAUUACCUCCAUUUCCAGGAUUUACAAGCCAUUAACAAAAUGAUCAAGCAAGGUGUCUUCAAAUCGUCUACAAAGCGCAUGCUUGAAGUAGACAAGGAUGAUUCCGUUCACACUGCCGCCAAACGUCUGGCAACAGGGCAACAUUUUGUCAAAAGAUUGCAGGACCUUCGGAGUAUGGAGAAUCCCAACUGAGUAAACUUUAAUAGCUUCCUUAUUUUAAUUGUUAAUACAACACAUAAACCAUGUGAUUGGCAGCUGACUGAUCUGCCGGGAGAGAAACGUUCAGUGGUGAAUGUGCCUCAAUCUAUUUGGUGUGUCUGUGAUGGUAUGAGAGAAGUGAUAACAGCAUCUUAUGCAUUGAAGCAUAUUUGGCUUGAAGCAGGUUAAAUAUUAUUUGUGCCAUGUUUCCAUUGAUUUUGCCAACUUUUUUAUAAAUCAAGUAAAUUGAGGUGUCAAGGUUGAUGACCUUCACAUUUUUCUAUUAUUUCCCAGCGGCCGAUGGACCCCCUCAAAUCUGUUUAUUAUUUCCCUUCGGUUCAUGGACCCCCUAAAAUUGGUUUAUUAUUUCCCUUCAGUUCAUGGACCCCCUCAAAUCUUUCUAUUAUCUCCCAAGGGUUGACGGACUGUGGACUUAUGAGCUAGGUGACAACUUGUGGACUUAUGAGCUAGGUGACACCUUGUGGACUUAUGAGCUAGGUGACACCUUGUGGACUUAUGAGCUAGGUGACACCUUGUGUAGUGUCUCAUCUCAUUGAAAUUCACUUGUGUAGAUUGAAUGUCCUGUGUUAACCCCAGUUCCUUUCUUUCAUAGCAAUAUUCCACUAGACUUGUGUGUAUUUUGAUAAUUUAGAAUUGAAUGGCCAUGCAUAACUGAACUGCCUGUGCUGUUUUAAAGUCUUUGUCAGCCAUGUAUGCUCUAGAGAAUAUCAUUAAGAAAGUGGUUGUCUUGUAGUGCAAGCACAAAGAUCGUUAUCGCCUUAAAUUUGCAAAUUAGACAUUAAUCCAUGACCAGACUUUGUGUGUUCAAAAACAAUUGGAUGGCUUAUUUCUUUACUGGUGCUUCAGUUACACCAAGGCAUGGCCAGGAUUACAACAUCAAAAUGCUUUUGUUUUUUAUUUCUUCUCAAAAACAUUGAUUAGUUAUUGUAAGGCCCCUCAUUUUUAAAAAUCAAAAGUUCUGUUG